AUGAACGCCACAGAAAAUUCUCGAUCGAUCGUUCGCAGCCACAGACAGAUUCACCAUUGCUGCAUGUAUUGGAAUGAUAAAGAGGUCUUCAAGAAAUUGGGGGAAAUAAUUGAAUUUGUAGUCAGAGAAAAUGUUUAUGCUUCUGCUGGUGAUGAUGCUGCUCUUGGUGAGGAUGACACAAAGGAUGCAAAUAAUGAUGAAUCCAUUGUUCAUCACACUGCUAGCGUUGGUCACGUAGAGGGCUUUAAGAGUGCUCUAGGUAGUGGUGCCGAUAAGGAUGAAGAAAAUUUUGAAGGGAGAACUACAUUGCAUUUUGGUUGUGGAUAUAGAGAGGUUAAGUGUGCCCAAGUUCUUCUUGAAACCGGAUCAAAGGUGGAUGCAUUGGACAAGAACAAGAAAACUCCCCUCCACUGUGCUGCCCGUUAUGGAAGAAAAAACAGUGUCAAAUUUCUGCUGAAAAAUGGCACUGCUGUGUAA